UGAAAAAUCGCAUUAAUUUAACUUCGUCUCCCAGAAAUCGUAGGAUAUCUUGUGUUAGGCACGAAUAUGUUCAGUUGUUUAACUUGCACGUGCGGCUUAUGAUAGUUUUCACUUGAUAGAUUGUGUGAAUGUUGCAAACAAACGUCAUGGGUGUACCGACGUUGGUGGCUUGCGCAUUAUUACUUUUAACGCCUGCUAAAGGGUUUUAUUUACCCGGUUUGGCGCCCGUGAACUAUUGCACCCAGGCCGAAGACAAUGGGAAAUCCUGCAAGAGUGUAAUUCCUCUGUUUGUAAACAGACUAAACACUGAAGAAUCAGUGAUACCAUUUGAAUAUCAUCAUUUUGAUUUCUGUGUAUCUGAUGAAACACAAUCACCAGUGGAAAAUCUUGGUCAAGUAGUGUUUGGAGAACGAAUACGUCCAAGUCCAUAUAAACUCAAUUUUAAAGAGAAUGUUGAGUGUAAAGCAGUAUGUACUAAGACAUAUCGACUGUCGGACCCAGAGGCCCACAAGAAGCUAAAUUUACUAAAGGUGGGCGCAGGGCUGUAUUAUCAGCACCACUGGAUCCUUGAUAAUAUGCCUGUGACCUGGUGCUACCUGGUCAAUGAUGGAGGCAGGAUUUAUUGCAGUACUGGAUUUCCUAUGGGCUGCCAAAUCAAUAAAAUUAUGGAUACCUGCACGCCGAUUGUCAAUGCUUACCCUGGGCCAGUGGACGAGUACUACAUUUUCAACCAUGUCGAUUUGGAAAUAACCUACCACAGCGGUGGUGAAGAAGAAUGGGGUGUCGGCUUCGGCGAUAAUGGCGGACGCAUCAUAUCGGCUAAGGUGAAACCAGCCAGUAUCGCCCAUACGGACCCCAACAAACCAGUCUGUAGCAACCACGUACCACUUAAAAUCCCCACCAACUUCUCUAAGGAUGAGACCUUUUUUAUCACUUACACAUACAGCGUCACCUUCAACAAAAACAACACCAUCAAAUGGUCCUCGAGGUGGGACUACAUCCUCGAAUCGAUGCCGCAGACGAACAUCCAAUGGUUUUCUAUACUUAAUUCGCUCGUCAUAGUACUAUUUCUUAGCGGAAUGGUCGCCAUGAUUCUGCUCAGAACCCUACAUAAGGAUAUUGCAAGAUACAAUCAAAUGGAAAGCGGAGAAGACGCACAGGAAGAGUUCGGUUGGAAGCUGGUCCAUGGAGAUGUGUUCAGACCACCUCGCCGCGGCAUGCUGCUUGCCGUAUUCCUCGGAUCCGGGUCACAGGUAUUCGGCAUGACUCUAGUGACGUUGGCGUUCGCAUGUCUCGGGUUCCUGUCGCCGGCGAAUCGCGGCGCGUUGAUGACGUGCGCGCUGGUCGUGUGGGUCCUGCUCGGCGCAGCCGCUGGUUAUGUCAGCGCUAGGAUCUAUAAAAGCUUCGGCGGACGGCGCUGGAAAAGCAAUAUCCUACUUACUUCUAUGGUCUGCCCAGGUGUGGUGUUCUCGCUGUUCUUCAUAAUGAACCUGGUGCUGUGGGGCAAGGGUUCCUCGGCGGCGGUGCCAUUCUCCACGUUGGUGGCGCUACUGGCGCUGUGGUUCGGCGUCUCGGUACCACUCACCUUCAUCGGCGCUUACUUCGGUUUCAGGAAGAGGAUGACGUCAGUCAAUAACAUUUUGGACCACCCAGUGCGCACCAAUCAGAUUCCGCGGCAAAUCCCAGAGCAAACUUUGUACACCCAACCACUACCCGGAAUUGUCAUGGGCGGAGUGUUGCCUUUCGGAUGCAUCUUCAUACAGCUAUUCUUUAUACUGAAUUCGCUCUGGUCUAAUCAGAUGUAUUACAUGUUCGGACUUCUCUUCAUCGUAUUCGUGAUCCUAGUAAUCACGUGCUCGCAGACGACUAUCCUACUCUGUUAUUUCCACCUCUGCGCCGAAGAUUACCACUGGUGGUGGAGAGCCUUCCUCAGCUCCGGCUCCACAGCUGGAUACCUAUUCAUCUACUGCUGCCAUUACUUCGUCACAAAGCUCAACAUUACAGACGCCGCCUCCACUUUCCUAUACUUCGGCUAUACCUUCAUUAUGGUGUUCCUAUUCUUCCUUCUAACGGGCACAAUCGGCUUUAUGGCUUGCUUCUGGUUUGUAAGGAAGAUCUACAGUGUAGUGAAAGUUGAUUAGAUAAAAAGU